CUAAUGUUCUGGAUGGAAUGGGAGGAAGCCACAGAGAGGAGACAGGAGCAAGGGGAACCCAGGACUAUUCACUGUGCUAUGCUGUGGUUACUGCUGCUGCUCUUGCUGUGUGCAGGCUCCCUGGCUCAGGAUUUCGAAUUCCGGCUGGUGGCACCCAAGUUGGUGACAGUUGAGGAGGGGCUGUGUGUUCAUGUGCCCUGCAGUGUCUCCUACCCCUCCAUUGGGCCCACCUUUGGACGUGUCCUUGGCUCCUGGCUCCGGGAAGGGGCCAGUCUCCAUGAAGACUCUCCAGUGGCCACGAAUGACCCCAGACAACUAGUGCAGAAUGAGACGCAGGGCCGAUUCCAAUUCCUUGGGGACCCACAGAAACAUGACUGUUCCCUGCUCAUCAGAGAUGCACAGCAAAAUGACACAGGAGUGUACUUCUUCAGAGUGGUUAGAGAACCUUUUGUAAGAUAUUCUUACAAAAAAAGCCAGCUGUCUCUGCAUGUGACCCCUCUGUCACGGUCUCCUGACAUCAUAAUCUCGGGGACCCUGGAGGCUGGCCAUCCUAGCAAUCUUACUUGCUCUGUGCCCUGGGCCUGUGAGCAGGGUACACCCCCUACCUUCUCCUGGAUGUCAGCUGCCCUCACCUCCUUGAGUUCCAGAACCAGAAACUCAUCAGUGCUGACCCUCACACCUCAGCCCCAGGACCAUGGUACCAAACUCACCUGUCUGGUGACCUUCUCUGGAGCGGGUGUCACUGUGGAAAGUACCAUCCAGCUCAAUGUUACCUGGAAAUCAAGCCAGAUGAGAGUGGUGGUCCUGGUGGCUGUCGGGGAGGCAGCUGUCAAGCUCCUGAUUCUUGGGCUCUGUCUCACGUUUCUUAUUGUGAUGAUCUGCAGAAGGAAGACAACGAAGCUGUCAGAGCACAGGGACUGUGAAAAUCCUAUCAAGUCUGCCUUCAUCUCUUUACCAUCUGAGCCAGUGUCUCAUCUCUACCCGACUGCCCUCCUGUGGACCCAGUGCUCAAUGUGCAUGGCGAUCAGGCACCUCUAGGGUGGAGUAGAGAGGAUGAGGCUCAUCAGCAGGACUCCAAGGUACACAGCAACCCUGAGAAUCCAAGACAGAAAGACUCACCUUAUGAACAGAGCAGUAUCUGAACUCAGAUUCCCCGGGAUCUCAUGGGAGUGAAGCCUCAGGAAUAUUCAGAGAUCUAAAUUCACCAAGCUUUGCUCUCCUGUGAAGCACCUGUCUCUUCUAUGGCUCCCCACGGAUAAUUCCUGGAUCCCUCUGAUCCCAGCAGACAGUGGGUUGUGCAGCUGUGUGUGUGUUUCACACUCUGUUGAAAUUGUCUGACUUUGCAAUAAAAGGCCUGGGGCUGAGUCCUUCAUUUAUGUCACCA